GUUACCAAAAGGCGCUUAUAAACAAAUUUGUAUAAUUUGAAAUUCAUUUGAAUUUUAUUUGAAGAUGGCUGGAGACUAUAAAACCUGUGAUAUUUGCAAAGAUAAGACUAAUUGCAAUUUCGAUCUGCUACUCUUUGGCGAUUGGCAACAAAGCCGUGAUAUUGUCGUUCAUUAUUUCUGCUUGCUCCUCUCUACCAACUUGCCCCAAAGAGGGAAGGAUUGCAGCGGCAUUAAUGGGUUUCUAUUAAGAGAUAUUCGCAAAGAAAUCAAUGCAGCUGCCAAACGUGUGUGCUGCUUCUGCGGCCGUGCCAAUGCCUCCAUACAAUGCCACAAGUGCAACGAUUACUUUCAUAUUUGUUGCGGACGUCAAAAUCGCUGUCUCCUGACAUUUCAUGGUGAUUUUCGUUCAUAUUGCGAUGAUUGCAUACCAAAGACAGAACUCCAACCUGUUGGACUCAAGAGCCGACCAUCAAGUUUUGAGCGUUGCAGCAUUUGUCGCGAACAAAUGGGCCUCUACAAUGAGGUGAUAUUCAUAUUUGGCAAAUGCUGUAAUAAAGGGUAUGCGCAUAAUGUAUGCGUGCAAAAGUAUGCACUGGCGGCCGGUUAUUACUUACGUUGCCUUUGGUGUCGUAGCAAGGAAUUCCGCGAUUCAGUGCGGCUGCAGGGUGUUUUUGUACCCGACAGAGAUGCACAUUGGGAGAUACAGAAGGAUACCUAUGUCGACUUGUAUCGCGGACACAGAACCUGUAAUAUGGAGGUGUGUCUGUGUCCAAGAGGUCGAGAUUAUAAUAAAGGCAAAUGGUCUUUGAUUCUUUGUUCUUUGUGUGGCAGUAUGGGUGCGCAUAAUCCGAAAUGCUUGUCAGGAAAGGAAAAUGCUAAAGAACCGAUGUCUAGCUUCAAAUGUGCCACAUGCGCGCGCACAGAGUCAACGGUCAUAAAUCGCAAGGAAGGAUUACCAACUGAGAAUGUCAACGACGUUAUUGAUAAAAGCAUUUUUAUGACAAAAACAAAUAGCAAUAAGAGCGUAAAUGCCGUACCCAAUUGUAUAGCUUCCUUCUCUGACGACGAUGACGUGCAAUCUACAGAUAGUUUUGUUACAGUAAUCCCGCUACAAAACUUGGAACUGAAUUCAUCAAUAGGAAAUUCUGCUGCAAUAAACAGAAAAGUAUACAAUGCAAGUAUUAAAACUAGCGUUGAAGUCACGUGUCAGAAAAGUGAUGAUAAGUUAGAAAUGAUUGAAAUCGCUAGUUCCGAUGAAGACACAGCAAAUGUAAAAAUACAAAAACCUGCUACGCCUCCUCCGUCUAAUACAGUUGAUAUGGCAGAUGACGAAACACAAGUAUUUGAAAGCUCUUGCCCUGAUACAGAAGCUGUUGCAGAAACUUCACCUUCCCAACAUCCAAUUAGUUGCGAUAGCGAAGUUCAAGAAACACAAAUACUUGAAAGCUCUUGCCCUGAUGCAGUUAAAACACAAGCUGCUAAAGAAGCUUCACCUUCCCAACAUCCAAUUAGUCACAAUAUCGAAGAUGAAGAAACACAAAUAUUUGAUGUCUGUACUCCAAAUAUAUCAGCCACACAGCAUACAGAAUCGGAAAAUACGACAGAACCAUUUAGCCUCACAUCAGUGCCCCGCAUUGAGCAUACGCAAGAAAUAGCUUGCAUCCAAAACACAAACCCACCGGAUGAGAGUAAUCAAUCGCCGGUUGUAUCUUCCUCUUCACAAGCUGAAGAGAACGAGGAGUGGAUAAGUUUGGAGGUAUUCGAAUAUGAUGAUGUUCAGGGAAAAUGCAUGGGUACUGCCACUGUGCGCAUCAACAUGCGUGAUCAGAGGUUCGCUGGCAUGAGCUUGGAACACAUUGAGCAGAACUCUAGUCAAUUGUUGAGCGAUAGCGAUGUUAUAGCGCGCAGUGAUGACUGCGGCAUUUUCGCUAAGAUCGAUGCUAUAAUUGCAGAGUAUGCGACAUAGCGUUUAAAAGGAGUACUCGAAGUGAGAAAAAGAGACUUCAGUGAUGUUUUAAAAGAAAAUUUUUGUGCAGCAUUGCUCUCUCCACUUAAUUACUUAAUUAGUUUUAUACAAAUGUUGUUAAAUUUAAAUGAAAAUUUUAAAAACUUAUGAUACCUUCAAGGUUUAAAAUGUAUUUAUAUGUAUUUGCUAGUCCAAAGUCAAGUACAGACUCAGGGUGAAAAUAAUAAAUACUCAAAAUGCUUUAUCAAU